UUGAUGUGGUACAGAACAUUCAUCGCUGAAGACCAGAGAUUUGGAGUGGUACUUUUUCAGCCCUGUGGAUAAGAAGUACUGUAAUGGAUCUCGACUUAACCGAGCGACUGGCCAAGGCUACUGGAAAGCUACUGGGAAGGAUCGUUAUGUUCGCCAUAAGUCUCAGGCCAUUGGAAUGAAGAAAACACUUGUUUUCCAUAGUGGUCGAGCUCCUGAUGGCAAGAGAACAAAUUGGGUAAUGCAUGAGUACAGGCUUGCAGACGAAGAGUUGGAGAAGGCUGGAGUUGUGCAGGAUUGCUUUGUUCUUUGUAGAAUCUUCCAAAAAAGCGCUUUGGGACCACCAACUGGUGACAGAUAUGCACCAUUUAUCGAGGAGGAAUGGGAUGAUGAUUCAGCCGUGCUUCCUGGAGGAGACAUGGUGGAUGAUGUGGUGAAUGGUGUUGAAGCACGAGUUGAGAGCAACGACCUUGACCAGGAUGCUCUGCCCAAGACUGCUCGCCAUAGUGAAAAUCUUACCGAACCCCGAGGUCUUCCUUUUGUUUGCAAGAGGGAGAGAUCAGAAGAACCUGAACUUCUCUCUUUAAGCCAAAGUAAGAGAUCCCAGCACGAUGUUCCGAGCUCUAGCCGUGCAAACGGUUCUGAAGAUUCAACUUUUACUAGCCAGGAUCCAGUAAAUAAGACUACGACGGAUCCAGUAAAUAUGAUGACGACAAAAGAUUGCCCCCUUGCUCUCUUAGGAUUCCCCUUGUUAGAGCCCUUUGAACCUAAGGAAAGCCAACCUUGUAAUCCCCUUACUUUCGACUCCUCCAAUCUUGAUAAAUCCGUGCCUCCGGGAUACUUGAAGUUUAUUAGCAAUUUAGAGAAUGGAAUCCUAAACGUCUCCAUGGAGAGGGAGACGCUGAAGAUUGAAGUGAUGAGAGCUCAAGCCAUGAUCAACGUUCUUCAAUCACGUAUCGAUCUUUUGACUAAAGAGAACGAAGACAUGAGAAGACUUGUCCGAGGUGGUGGUUAACUAGUCGAUAGCAGCAUUUCGACGCCGUUUUUAGUUUUAUAUUAUCUUCAGAAAGAGCAAGAUAGUAAAGAGAUGUCUACUACGUGACAUUUCUGUAGUUCUUGCUGUAACCUGAACCAGAUGUACUCUUAGGUAUCUGCAAAUCUCUCUUUUCUGUUGCAUUGGUUUUAAAUUUUAGUGAAACUUAAACAUCUUGCUUUUCAA